GGGAACUCUCGUGGAUCAAGGAGGCUGCGCUGCAAGCUGUGCAACAAGGAAUUCACAGGGACAUAGAAACGGGCGAUGAAGCACUUUUGUUUGAAGAGGGCCUCCGCCCGGUGUCCAAAUGCAACGAUGGCGAUUUGGAGGAGGUUGCACAGGAUUGGUUUUGAGAUGCCGCCAGAUCUUUUGGAGAGGGUGCAGCGUGCAAUAGAGGAGACUGCUAGCGAUGACGAUGAUGGUCCUCUGCUGGAGGACGACGCGGUGGGGCGAGGGGGAGGGGUUGCGAUGGAUGGGGAGGCAGGGGAGGCGGUUCAUGGGGAGGCUGGCAGCGGGGUGGAUGAGGUAACAAGAGGGGUUGUGGCCGAUGGAGAGACUCCGGUCCGGAGACCUGCAUUGUCGCAGACUGCGGAGCAGGCUGCCCGCAGACGGGGGGCGGCUAGACAGACGAGCAUCGUCAGAUACGCGAAGAACCCCAGACAGGCAGACAUCGAUGAUACCUGCUGUGAGUUCUUCGUCGAGAACGCCAUCCCGUUCAACGUCGCGAAAAGCAAGAGCUUCAAGAAGUUUCAGCUAACGUGUUAUGGGCCGCAACCUGCGGCCAGCUGCCCUCUUGUACCCACUGGGUACAACCCACCAGGAUGCAGGUUGCUUGAUCGGUUGCGCGGGAGGUUGGAGGCUGAGGAGAAGGCGGUCUGGGACGACAGGGAGGUGACAGGCUGCACGUUCAUAACCGAUGGCACCACAGACAUCUGUGGGCGAUCGCUUAUGAACUACAUCCUCACCGGGCGGUCGAAACCCGUUUUCAUCAAAUGCGAGGAUGUGAGCGAGGGGGAGAAGGAUGCAACUGCCAUCGUCGCUGGGUGGAAGAGGUUCUUCAGGGAGUGGGGAGUAGAGAAGGUGAUUGCGAUCUGCACAGACUCCUUCGCAGGGAAUAAAAGCGCUGCCCGGAUGUUGAGGGAGGAUCCUGAAUUCGUGCAAAUCUACUGGAUCCCUUGCACGGCACACUGCAUGGACCUGCUCAUGCACGACAUCUGCAAGAAGGAGUGGUCGGCGACCAUCAUCGAGAAGGCCAACAAGGUGGUCACCUUCUUCAGAGUGCAUAGGUGGCCACGAUCGCAGCUGCGGACGCAGUUGUUGCAGUACCCUGACCUUAAAUGCACCUGCCUACUUCGCCCAGCUCAGACGAGGUUUGGGACAAACUACGUGAUGCUGCAGCGACUGGAGGUCUGUGUCAGGGCCAUCAUACGCAUCAUGAAUGGACUCGCCUGGGAGAGGAUGGUGUGGAGGGGGGAUAUCAGGGGGAAGGCGUUAUUUGUGGAGGAGACUGUUCUUGACAGGGCCUUCUGGGCUGAUGUCAAGAAGUUGACCACCCUCAUGAAGGGCCCUUAUAAAGUCCUACGAGAGGUGGACAAGGAUGUCCACUGCUUGUCUCGGAUCUACGACCUGGCCUGUCAAUUGCCUGUCUUCGUCCGUUCGGCCCCCCUCGGUGACAAGGAGCGAGAUGAUGUCCUAGUGGACGUGAAGAAUAUGACAGAUAUGCUGCUCAGCCCGAUCCACGCCGUGGCCCUGUUGCUGGAUCCAGUGUUGAGGGACAUUGCUGUUUUCAGCAAUGUCGAGCUCAUGACGCAGUUUGAGGCUAUUGUGGAGCCCCUCAUCGGCAAGAGAGGGAGCAAGACGUUUGACGACUGCUUGGACCAAUUGUAUGACUUCCAGAUGGCGAGAGGAGCGUUCGGCACCACAUGGGCGGUGCAGAGGGCGAAGAAGGACAAUGCGGUGCUGUGGUGGGAGGCGCACGGGGAUGGCCAUCCAGAGAUCAAGGCUCUGGCGGUGAAGGUGCUCUCCAUUUGGACGACAUCCUCUCCAGCAGAGAGGAAUUGGAGCACUUGGUCUCUUGUGCAAACGAAGUCCAAGAACAAGCUGCACCACCAGCGCACCGAGAAGUUGGUGUACUCGCACUGGAGCCUCAGGCUCAAGAGCAGGGGCGAUGACGGCCCAACGGUGGUAGGAGAAUGGUUGGGGCUAGCAGCACACUGGGCUGACGAUGAUUUGGAGGGUGAUCAGGCGGGUUUGACUGACGCUGUCAACGACGGUGAGCUCGGUCAUGAGGCUGCUCCAUUAGGUGCAGGUAGCACCACCAUUCGCAAUGAUCCUGUUGCGGUCGGGACAUCAGCAGGCAUGCCGAGGCGAGGAGAGGUGGAGGGUAUGGAGUGGGGUGACAUGCAGGAGGAGGAGGACGAUGACGAUGUGGACAGCGAGUACGAGAUUCCACAUGACGAGUGGGUGGACGAUCGGUCAGACUCUGACAGAUCGUGGACGAGGAGGGAGGAAAUCACACCAUAUGUUCCGGGCACACGACAUGGAUUGAGGUCCCAGAGUCAGCGGCAGCAGGCGCUGAGAAGGAAGAGUUUUGGAGAUGGCGGGGUGUUGAGUCGGGCGUGGGAAGAAGAGCAUAACUCUCUCGAUCCGUGGCGGAAUCGAAAGAGGUUUGGAGGAGCAUUAGUGGAUUAGAAGAUGACCCCGAUAAUGAAAGAGAAUUUCAGUC